AUGAAGUGCUCAAUUUGCAAGCAACCAAAUCACAAUUCAAGGGGCUGCCAUAAAAACCCACAAAGUAGACCCACCAACCAAGGUCUGGAUGUGCCAGCAGCUAGUACCAAUGGAAAGACUAAGCCAGUGAUUAGUGGAAAUGGAAAGAGAAACAAAAAAGGUUUUGAAGGUACAUCAACAGGUUUUGAAGGUGCACCUAAUGGAAAAAGGAAGAAGAAUAAGGAAAAAGGUCUUGAAGGUACAAGUACUGGUGUAAAUGUGCCUGUGGUUGUCACUAAUGCUACAUCAAGUGCACCUAAUGGAGAAGGAAAGAGUGCAUCAUCUAAAUCAAAACUGAACAUUUUCACUCAAGAGAAAAGAAUGACAAGAAGUAGCACAUGUGGAAAACCAAAGGCCUUUACUCAGCCAAUAGGUCAAAACCCAAGAAGCAGCAGAAAUAAUGUGAGAUUCUCCACAACCAAGCCACCUGUGACCUCAAGCCAGACUAGUGCAAAUCAAGUACCACCUAAAGAACCUCCACCAAAAAGAGUGACCAGAAGUAGUACCUUCUCCCCCAAAAAGAGCCAACAG